UGACGUCACCAUCAUCACUCAACGCAGUUUACGUUUGAGAGUGAGAAGUUACGAAAUUCACAAAUUCCGUCUUACCACGCCAGUUUUCAUGUACUAAAUUUGUACAAAAGACGUAUAUCUAUUUUAUCAUUAUAACUUUAUACAUAUUCAAUGUAAACAGUGGUUUAGCAAAUUACUUUUUAAAAGUAUUAGGAACGAGCGUUGUAUUACGUUUUGGCGGCAUUACUUAAAGCUACAGAAAUAGAUCUCCUUGUGCAAUAUUUAUAAUAGGGCAAGUGCAUAAAUAAAAGACUGCUCCAGUAAAAUUUUCAAGGUCUACAAUUGAGAAUCAUGAUGAUGUAGUACAUAUAUUUUUGCUGUGAUAACCGUAGCGGUUGCAAUUGUGUUGUAAAUCAUGGAGAAUCCAACAGUUGCUGGAUUGCGUUCAAGGUCCCGAUCAAAAACACCCUUUUUACGAUCAAGCUGUGAUCGCGAAAAUUGCCCAGAAGGUGAAGAACAUGUUCACCAAAAAUCAGGUCGAAAAACACCAAUAAAACGAAGCACUCCUAUAAGGCAGCUCCAACCCCCUUCAAAGAAAGGCAGCAUAGAUACAGUACAAGAAGAUGACGAGUCUUCACCAGCAUAUAGAACAAGGCAGUCCACAAAAACAUCAGAGAAACUUAUUAAAACCUCAGACUAUUCAUCUCAAGAGAGUUUAGAUAGAUUGAAAGAGCAUAGGAAAGAAAUUUAUCAGAACGAGAUCAACAGUCAGUAUGAGAGCGUGUCGAGUUCACGGCACUACAGCACGCUCGCUGACGUCACACUCAGCCCUAUACACACGUAUAAUGUGACGCGUGACAGGUCGAGCCGCUACGGCAGCCCCACGUACAGCGCGUGCUCCACAGACAGCUCGUUCGCGGAGCAGGCGCUGGCGGACGCGAGCGCGCUGCUCGACCGCGACCCCGACUGCGACCACCUGCCCUACCGGCUGUACAAGAUGGCCGGCGAGUAUUGGAACAAAUACCCGAAAACGGACUACACGUACUCGCCGCUGUCGCGCGACCGCGUGGAGCUCGCGCCCGGGCAGGUGGCGGUGCCGAACAUGUCGCGGCGCUCGCUGUCGCAGUUCCGCGCGCACGGGCCCAGCGCCGCCGCCGCCGACGCCGACGAGACCGACAGGCGCGGCGCCGCCACGUGGACGAGCACCACCACACGGAAACGGUUCACGACAAUAGAGAGUUCAGACGACGAGGGCGUGUACACGCGCAACGGUGCGUACAAACAGACGGACGAGCGGUGGUGGAUCACGCAGCUGCUGGCCAGCGUCCUAGCAACCAUCAGCACCAGCGCUCGUAACGCGUACAGGAAGGCGGUGGGACCGUCGCAUCGCUACCCGUAUACUGAUAGACGACCGGCGAAAGCGAGCAUCCUGUCUCGUUCCGCGAGCGCGAUGGCGGCGCCGUUCUAUUGGAUGUACUCCAUCGUCCAAACCGUCAUCACCACCACUGUGACCACCAUCACUGAGACUAUAUCACCAAGUGAAGAUAUCGUUUCCGAAAAGUACGCAGCGGGGAGCUAUCAAAAGGCAGCUGUGGGCGCUAAGCGGAACUGGUGGCCUCUCGCUUUAUUGCUGCUUUUGCCUGCGUUCGGAUACGGAUAUUACAAGUACGCGGAGCAAAUAGUACCGAAAAGAGAGAUAAUCGAUACAUACAAGCCACCGGUGAUCAUUCAAGAUUCGGAUUUGACCAAACGAGUGGAAGCGUUAGAAAACUGGGCUGUGAAAGUCGACAACCGAUUGACAAUGUUCGAUAACAAAUUAUCGAAAUUGGACAACCUGGAGGCGCAAAUCGAGCAGUACUCCUUCAAGCAUCUGCAACAAAACUUGAUUCAGAUUUUAAGCGUUAACGAUAAUAGUGAAGCUAUUGCCAGCAAAUUGAAGGAACAUUUCGACAGGAACUACAUUUCCAAGGACGAGAUGCAAUUGCUGAGUCAGGAAAUACACGAGAGGUUGAUAAAUUCGUGGAAGCCGGAGUUGAGCGAGGAUGAUAUACGACGGAUGAUCCAAGAGUAUUUGCUGUCCGUGGAGAAGAAACAAAUGGAGUUGAUAGUGGAGAAGGUGAAGGAGUAUGUGGCGAGGGUGGAAGCGGCUCCGGGGGGCGCGGGGGACCCGGGGUCGGUGGACAUGGAGGAGGUGAGGCGGCUCGUGUCCAGCAUGCUGCAGAUAUAUGACGCUGAUAAGACGGGAUUGGUGGAUUACGCUUUGGAAUCUGCAGGUGGCCAGGUGAUAUCGACGCGCUGCACGGAGCUGUACCAGAUCAAGACGAAGCAGUACUCGGUGCUGGGGCUGCCCGUGUGGUGGGUGUACACGUCGCCGCGGUACGCGCUCACGCCGGGCGCCAUGCCCGCCGAGUGCUGGGCCUUCCAGGGCUUCCCGGGAUACCUCGUAAUACGCACGUACGCUAUAAUAGAAGUGACGGGAUUCUCGCUGGAACACAUGUCACGUUUGCUCGCGGCGGAGGGAAAAAUAGAAUCUGCGCCCAAAAACUUUUCCGUAUAUGGGCUUCACAAUGAAUUAGACACAAACCCGCAUCUGUUCGGGAACUACAUAUAUGACGCCAACAGCACAUCCAUACAAUACUUCCCAGUGCAAUAUCCGAAAACGACCAACAUUGACGGAGUCGAGUACCCCGUCGCUUUCGACAUUGUGGAACUGCGAGUGGAGAGUAACCAUGGCAACCCGACAUACACCUGUGUGUACAGGUUCAGAGUGCACGGCAACCCUCUCAAUGACAUUCGACAAGCCACCGAAGAUAGUAUACGUGAUAGUGAAACGUAACAGCUACUUUUUCUCAGCCCACUGUGGAAAAACGGGGCUUUGAUACUCGAGCACACGUUGAGUGGGGUGUAACAUAAGAUCUAGUGUUCUAUUGAGAUAUUGAAAACUUACAAAGCUUACAAACUGGCAUGACAGUGUUCCAGUUUUUUAAAUUGUUAACUACAAUUAACUUAGCACUAUUAUGUGAUUUAAAAAUGACUUGUUUAUGGUGCGAAAUGGUCCAUGGUCCUAAACAAUCCUCAGUGAUUCAAAGUGUAUAGUGAUAUUGUGGCCUUCUAAAACUGUGUAGAUUGAAAGUACAACCUGUGUCUAAAAACUGAGUCUAAUUAACUAAAUAUUGAAUAUGAAGGACCUUUGCGAACAUUAACAACUAGUUUAAAUUUAGAUGUAAAAAGCCCAGUUUGUUAUAGGUAUUCCUUUGCAUAGUAGUGACGGGAUUUAUAAUUUUACACUUAGUGAUUGUUUUAAUCUCAACAAUAUACCGCACAAGGCAGAUACGCUUAGCUCUGAUAAAAUUUUAUACCAAUAUUUAUGUUUUGUAUUUUAAGAUUUGAUUAUGUUAUAAGAUUUUCUAGAUUAUAGUUAUGUUAUUUUAAAGGACUUGACUGUAUUGUGUGAAAUUGCAAUUCACUUUAGAUUUUAUAUGAAAAAUUACAGUACAAAUUCUUUAUUAAAUUAUACAAUUUGUAAUUAGGUAUCAUGAAAUGGUAGUCAGAUUCACUUGCUUUUAAAAUAUUAAUAAACGUAUUUUUUAACAAAAUUAAUCAGUAUGCGUAAUUACUUCUAAAACCAUGAGUAUGAAGGAUGCGCAAAUAAUACACUUUAUGAGUAAAAGCAUAUAUAUAUUUUGCAUAACACAUCAUAAAAUGUACCAUAUGUCACACUUGACUCUGUCUAGGUCCAAAAAUAAUUUUAAUUUAGGUUUAGUGAAGGAGCUAGUCCCGCUUAGUUAGUGAUUGAAUGCCAAUUGUAUUUAAGUUGUCUUAAUCUCUCUUGUUCUAAAUAUUUAGAAUAACGGUUGCUGUAUGCAAUUUUAAUUGAGUACUUUAUAUUUAUUAAGUGUGACUUCUUCAUGGAGUUGACAAAAUUGCGCAGUAUAUUUUUUUAAUGAAACAGAACAUUUAAUUGCCUUCCAACGGCAUUAUAAUAAAAAUAAAAACAUUAAAUAAAUAGAUACGAAAUGCACAAUAAGAGUAAGGUGAAAAUACUGCUUAAUAUUAAAUUUAUGUAAGUACAAAUUUUUUGCUUAAUAUGUAUUAAAAUGAACCUUUAUUUUUACCAGCUAAAUCGAAAUAAUCUGAAACUUAAUUAUGCACAAA